AUGGCAUCAAGACAUGACCUGAUGCAAGGAAUGAUCCAAAAAUUGAAGAACGACAGAACCCAUAACAAAGUUCCGUCAGACUUCCUUGACGUAGAUGAAUUCGAGAGCAUCUCAGGACCUAGGAAGGAGGAGAACGUUUUCAGCAAGGGCGAUAGAGUACAUAUCUUCGGGUUGAAGAAUGCAAGGCAGUACAAUGGUCAAGUGGGCACCGCAGUGAAGGAAGAACAAGACAGCAAGUGGCUUGUUCGAUUGGACGACGGGAACGAGAUCAUGGUGAGGGAGAAGAACUUAAGUCUGCCCGUGUUCAACGCGAAUGAUGCUUCAAGACAUCAUCACUCGAGCCGUCACCAUGAGACCGAGGCGUCAAGAUCGCAGCCUCAGCAAGGGCCCAGCUCGCGAUUCUUGAAUCAGAAGGCCGAGGGAGGGAACACUCCCAAAGAAGAGCUUCCAAGUAGCCGAAUCCCUGGAUGCAGCAACUUUGAUGCGAGCACGGGGAGAAACGUCCCCUUCUCCUUCCGCGACCAAGAGCGAGCACGAGACGACUUUGACGUCGCGUUCAAGAGAGAUGCUCUGCCGGAGGAAGUGAAGAUGAAGUUUCCCGUCUCAUCGAGAGCUGUUGUGAUUGGGUUGAAGACGGCAACAGAGAUCAACGGGAGGACGGCAAGUAUCAUCGGAUAUGACGACGAUAGAGUGAUAGUCAAGGUUGAAACCGCCAGCGAGUUCGGAUCAGCAAGUCAGAGCAAGAUCAUCAAGGUUCUUCAUUCUCCUUCGCUCUUCAAGGCUCUUGUCUCACCCCCUGAACCUCCUCAGGUGCGGCCGAAGCAUCUCCAGGCGCUCGCAGAUUUCUUCAAUGACGGCAACGAGGACAAGGCAAGAAGUCCUCUCCGUACCCGAUCUUCCGACAGGAGGAUCGGUGCCAAGAAGCUCGAGCUGCUGACUGGACCUGGAGAGCAGAAUGCUGAGGAGGGCUUCCAGGGUACGGCGAGGAGGGAUGCGCGACCUGGACAGGUCGUCCGUGAAGUGACCGACAUGGUUGAUCAGUACAAGGCGGAGGAGGACGAGGCUGCCAAGGAGCUUCUCCGCACGAUCGCUUCCAAGAUCGUCGAGGCGUUCGACAACCACGGGCUGUUGAAGGAAAUUUUCUCGGUGAUAGACGAAGACAAGACGGGCCUGAUAACGCACCCCAAGAUGACAAAGUUCAUUGUAAAACAUCCAAAGGUGGCUGAGCGCCUUGGCUUCCCUUCUGUGGUCCCACUCGAACCCAGCGACCCGCGCAGGCUGGAGUAUCGCAGAAUCUUCUCACGAAUGGAUGUCAAUCAUAGUGGAAUGAUCUCCCUCGUUGAAUUUCUCGGUUACUACGGAUAUGGUGACUGGGCAAGUGACUCAGCCAGAGAAGAAGUCGAUGAAGAUGAAUUCCUGGCAAGGUUUGGCUUCGGCCCCUUCGCCGACCCUGAGCUGCAGGUCCGCAUGGAUCGCCUCAAGUACGAGGCGCAUAAAUCUCCUCGAGCCCGACGAGCGAGGUCAUGA